AUGAGUCAAAACUGCACCAGCAGCGAGGACCUACGGACGUACCAGCACCUUCUCUACGCUGUGGUCUACGGCGUGAUCCUGGCCCCGGGGCUGCUGGGAAACGUGCUGGCCCUCUGCGUCUUCAGAGUCUAUGUCAAAGAGACUAAGAAGGCCGUGGUGUUUAUGAUGAACCUGGCUGUGGCUGACCUUCUGCAGGUGCUGUCUCUCCCGCUGCGGAUCUACUAUUACUUAAACAACAGCUGGCCCUUCGGACACCCCCUCUGCAUGAUCUGCUUCUACCUCAAAUACGUCAACAUGUACGCCUCCAUCUUCUUCCUGGUCUGCGUGAGCGUGCGGAGGUGCGAACUCAUCGUGCGACCCUUAAACUACAACUCGUCCCGCAGCAAAUGGGACAUGUUGGUGUGUGCGGUGGUGUGGUGCGUGGUCUGCCUGGCCUGCCUGCUCUUCCCCUUACUGCGGACACCAAACAUACAGCAAAAAAACUCGGUCAAUAAUGAGCCGUACAAAAACAGCCAUGAUUUAUUUUGCUUUGCCGAGCUCCCAACGAGAAGCAUUGGACCAGCUACAGCAUGGGCUAUAGUGUUGAGUGCAGAACUUGUAGGGUUUGUCAUCCCUUUGGCUGUGAUCAUCACUUGCACUUGCCUCACUGCUUGGAGUCUACGGCACCCAUCCUCAAAAGUCAUCCCAGACAGAGGCGAGAAACGCAAGGCCCUGAGAAUGGUGCUGAGCUGCAGUGGGGUGUUUUUGGUCUGCUUUGUCCCGUACCACAUAACACUCCCAUUGGACUUUGUGGUGAAAUCAAACUCGUUAAAAGACUGCGCUCUCAUAAACGCCAUCCUUCGUUGGCAUCCCAUCACCUUGUGUCUGGCCAGUCUGAACUGUUGCCUGGACCCACUCAUGUACUACUUCAUGACCGAUGAGUUUCGCCGAAGAUUGAGCAAACCAGACGUGUCAGAUGGAAGGAGACUGUCGCAUGCAACAGGAGAGUACAUGAGAACUGGCAACACAACAGCAGAAACCAGCUGA